AUGUGGUUCCGCCGGCACGAAGUCCCCUGGGAGGUCGUCGACUCCAAGAUGGUCGAGCCUGUGCCCAUGUACGACCACGACGAUGAAUUAUCACUCACGGCAGUGUCCCCUACCGACCUCAGCGGCACGUACGCGGUAGAGUGCGGCAGGGGCCGUCCGCUAGACGUGCGCGCUGCGCUGCGCCACACGCGUGCGCGCCUCCUGCGCGAGGCCGCGCGAAGUGGUUACAACAUCCUCCUGCACGAAGGAUGGCGCCUGACGCUGCUGCGCAAGGCGCAGACAUACCGGCUCGAAGUGCGCUACACGGGACGCGCUGCACACGUUGAUGGCGCGCUGCCCCCACGCCGCGCGCCGCCGUUCCUCGGCGUCGUCGAGCGCUGGGAGGCGCUCGGGCGAGCGUAUAUCUUCGGCGGCGGCGCGAGCGCGUGGGACGAGGGCUGCGAGCUCGGGGCCCCGUGGUUGCCGGAGGAGCCAGGGCAGGGGCAGGGGGCGAAGGGAACGGGCAGCGAGGGGACGAAGCGCGCGCGGUGUCGCAGGCAGGGAUGGUUGAGAAGGCUGUCGUUGCGGUCGCUGUGA